GCGUCGAUGUCAACAGAAGUGGAUCUCAUCGCUUCCUAUGCAGGCCUCCUGAGUCUGGCAUGCAUCUGCAUUUACACCGGAGCAUUUGCCUCUUUACCUGUUCGUCACGCUACCAAAAAGCGUGCCGGACGAGCCGAGAAUAACACAGACAGUGACGAUGAAGACGAAGACGAGCAACCUGAAUUUCUCUCUGUCGAAGAUGCGUGGCUUUUCCCCAUUAUUGGAUCUGUGGUGCUAUUUGGUCUUUUCGUGGUAAUCAAGUAUUUUGGGAAGGAAUGGAUAAAUUGGUUACUGGGUUGGUACUUCUCUAUUGCUGGGAUUGGAAGUGUAUGGAAGUCUUUGGUCUCCCUUACCCGCUACCUGCUUGGAAAUGAGCAGUGGCGCCGGUUUGAACGGUUUUCAGUUCAUGUUAAACGGCGUGGCGUCGACAUUUUCUCCCUGAAAUGGAGAACACCGUCCCUCAUUUUGUUCCCGCUUUCCGUAAUUCCUUCUGCCUUAUACAGGUACUCAUCCGCUAGCCGAAGAUCUGCUUUGCUCACAGACGUGCUGUCUAUGUCAUUUUGCCAUAACGCUCUGUCGUUAUUGAAGCUUGACUCUUUCAAGACCGGUACGGCUCUACUGUCAGGUCUCUUUAUUUACGACAUCUGGUGGGUGUUUGGGACACCUGUUAUGGUGGAAGUUGCGACCAAGCUUGACGUACCCAUCAAGUUGCUUUGGCCCAAGUCAAUAAACUUUUCAGAUGAAUCGGGAUUCACGCUGCUUGGCCUGGGGGAUGUUGUGAUUCCUGGGUGUUUUGUGGCACUCGCCUUGCGCUUCGACCAUCACCGUUACCUCAAAAAAGGAAAAGCCUUUAGCAAGCCGUAUUUCUACGCAUCGUUGUUGGCGUAUAUUCUGGGAUUAGUUGCCACCAUGAGCGUCAUGCACAUCUUCAAAGCUGCCCAACCAGCUCUGUUAUACCUUAGUCCCGCGUGCAUCCUGUCAUUUGUCGCUACAGCAUCCGUCCGGGGAGAGCUCUCGGAGGCUUGGAACUGGAUCGACGAACCAGAAUCGGAAGGAGACGGUAAAAAGCAAAACUAACGCGUUUGAGUUCCUCGUGUAUGGUUCAAGUAUCUAUCAUAAUUUAUUUCCCUCGAGCGUUUUUGUAUAGGAUGCAUGGACCUCAAUGAGACCUUGCCGGUCAUUACUUCCCUUCGUCUGAGGCAAUUUUGGCAAGAUACAACAAGAGUUACUUGAGCAUGUACGUUUCGAAAAUGACCGCAAAAAAAUCGCAACAUCGGUGUUCCAUCAGCACCGGGUCGCUGCGCUUGGGUGACUACUUCAAAUUUCAGGAACUCUACUCAUGCACGCGGAGCCAUCAUCUUCGUCGUUGAGACAAUGCAAAUGCAAGGGCUUGAAAAAUAAUUGACUCCGCGGCUGAGACCCCUGUAUUCGGCUUCAUCGAUUGAAGACCUCCGACACCAAGCACAGCAGUUUUUUUUUUCAAGAUGAAGGCG